AUGAACAACGAGCCGGGAACAGUCUUUGACCUCUUUCCUGAACCCGGAAACCAUUUCGCCGCGGAAAUCGUCGAGGAUGACGCUAAUCGCGACCGGUUCCGCGUGGACCCCGACAACGUCUCAAACCGGUUCUUGAGGAUCAGGCUCAACCAGUCGGCGAAAAUCCUCGGCCGCCUCGCAACAUUUGGUCGCCUGCCUUUCACCAACGAUGUGAUGCUUCGCAAUGGCUGCUUUUCCAAGACGGACCAAUGUUAUUUCGACUUCCAUCCGACAACGAGGGAGCUUCUUCUCCACGACAUAUCCAAGUGCGACGAUACACAGCUCUACAGCACGUGCCAAAAGUCUUCUAAACAUAUAGACCAGAGCCCUCGCCAGUGUGUCGUGCGACUUGACAGCGAGUACAUCUUCCAGAUCGGCUCGGCUGAAUUUCGCCUCAUACCACGGCGGGCACUGACUGAGCAAGACAAGGCGGCAUUCGCCGCCGAGAGGCUCGACUUCGUCCGCCAAAUACCCGAAGCGUCCAAGACGUUCCCGUUCCACCAGGCUAUCGAGGAGCUCCAAGCUUUGGACAUGCAAUCCCGUUCAUCGGAAACCACGGCUAGGUCUUAUAAUCUUCGGAGGAAGCAUCCGGACCAGCGUAAGCCGGGCCACGAGAUCACGCACGCACAUUUACGGGAUCUUGGAAGUGGAGGACAGGGUGCCGUCGACGAGGUCGUUGACCUUCACACUGGCGACCACUUCGCCCGCAAAGUCUGUCAAUUCAGGGAGAUACCGGUAUGGCAGAUAUACGGGGAGAGUGACUUCAAGGCAAGAAUCAAGAAAGAAGUGGAUUUGGUCAAGAAAGCAGCCCAUCCUCAUAUUGUGCCAUAUCUGGGCCACCAAGGCUGGCAGACUGGACGGGAGCUCGAAAUAUUCAUGCCGGUGUAUCAAGGAAACUUCCGAAUUCUACUGCAGCAAUGCAAGCUCCAAGGAAAAGAGGCAGUGCGGGUCAUGGCCCAAAGCAUGUGCUACCAGAUGCUGCUAGCACUCGAGCACGUCCACGCACGCGACAUCAUCCACCGAGACAUCAAGCCUGAGAACAUCCUCUACCAAGGCGACAAGUUCCUCCUCACCGACUUCGGCAUUGCAAAAUUCGUCGACACGUCGAGGACCAUUGUCGGUACACGGCGGUACAUGGCACCCGAGAUGUGGAUGAACGAGGAACAGACAACCAAGAUCGACAUAUACGCGCUCGAUGGUCAGAUCAGUUGGAAGCAAUCGCAGGAAUUUCUGCAGACACUCGCUGAACAGAAUGCACCUCCUAUGGCCUCAAUGCUGGAGCUUCAGGCUGCCGAUCGCCCUACGGCCUGUGGUCUCCUCGGCCAGUCCUCUCGUCAAUGGAGUACCAAAGCGGAAAUCAAAAAGCAGAAGCCGACGCUGAGGGUCGAAAAGUAUACGCGGGAGCACAAGAGAUCGGAGUGGUAG